CCACCUCUUCACAUGAAGUGUCGUCACAACAAAGAGGGUCGUCGUCAAUAAAUUACCCCUUUUUCUUUCUUUCUCUCUUUUUUUUUCUCGUUUCUUUUUUAGUUAUCGAAUAAACAAAAUGACCGUUGCCGAAGAAACAUCUUCAACUGAUCAUCUAGCACAAGGUUCCAUCUCUACAACAGAGUGGGAUAAAGACACAGAACCUAUUCCACGUCUUCAGAUCAUUGAUGAAAAUCAAAAAUUUACUGAAGACUUGCCCGCCUAUCUUGAAAAGUGGCAUUUAGGUGAUGCUGGAUUUAAAUAUAAUGUGGUUGCGGUCUUUGGUUCUCAAAGUACUGGUAAAAGUACUUUGUUGAACGGUCUUUUUGGUACAUCAUUUGAUGUCAUGAAUGAAAAUCAAAGAAGUCAGACAACAAAGGGUAUUUGGAUGUCCAGAGGUAGAGGCAUGCAUGUACUUGUCAUGGAUGUAGAAGGCACAGAUGGUCGUGAACGUGGUGAAGAUCAAGAUUUUGAGCGCAAAUCUGCCUUGUUUUCUAUGGCAACCAGUGAAGUUAUCAUUCUCAACUUAUGGGAACAUCAAGUAGGUCUUUAUCAAGGCGCUAAUAUGGGUUUGUUAAAGACUGUGUUUGAAGUCAAUUUGCAACUGUUUCAAACUCAAAAAAGCAAGGAAAAGACGCUUUUGUUGAUUGUUAUCAGAGAUCAUGUUGGUUCAACACCACUAGAAAACUUGGCUAGAACACUUCAAUCUGAUCUAGAAAAGAUCUGGACUGGCUUAUCAAAGCCUGAAGGUCUCGAAGAUUGUAAGAUCCAUGAUUACUUUGAUUUCAUGUACACUGGAUUGCCUCACAAGGUACUUUUGCCUGAGAAGUUCAAUGAAGAAGUUGCCGAUCUUCGCAAGAGAUUUAAUAACCCUGAGAACCCUAACUUUGUCUUUAAGCCUGAAUACCAUAAGCGUAUUCCUGCUGAUGGUUAUCAUAUCUAUGCCUCUGGUAUUUGGGAUAAGGUCCUUACAAACAAAGAUUUGGAUUUACCUACUCAACAAGAAUUACUUGCUCAAUACAGAUGUGAUGAAAUUUCUAAUGCUGCAUUUGACAUCUUUUCUAAACACCUUGCUCCACUCAGACAACCCAUUCUUGAAAAAGCUCAAAUCAUUGACAAUCUCGGUAAACAAAUGUUGGAUAUCCGUCAAGAAGCAGUCAACUCAUUUGACAAGAAUGCAUCACGUUAUCAUCAAGGCGUGUAUGAGAAAAAGAGAUCCGAUAUGCUUGUCAAAUUGAAUACUCAGUUACAUGUCUUGUUCGUGGGUCAAGUGAAAAACCUUCAUAAGAAAGCAAUCACUAUGUUUGAUGAAAACUUGAAGGCUGAAUUAAAGAAACCCAACUAUAACUUUGCUACUGCUGUUGAAGGUUGCUUGAAAGAAGCCAAUGACUACUUUUUGAACGGUGCUAAAGAAAUUGUCUUGCCAGAAACUGACUGGAAUUACACAAGUGAACAUGCUUCACUUGAAGAAGAAUUCACUCAAGUCUCGACAAAAGCACGCACAGACGAAUUCAAGAAGAUGACCAAGUCUUUGACUAAACAAGUUGAAAAUGAGUUGUCUGAGCCUGUCACUUUGGCAUUGAAUGAUCCUAAACCUGAUGUUUGGCACGAGAUCAUUCAAACCUAUCUCAAGACAGUCGAGCAUGGCCAAACAACGUUGGAAAAGAUUGCUAAAAGCUUCAAUUCGUCUGAAAAGGAAUUGGAAGAAUCCAUUACUGAUCUCAAGCUUCAGGCAUGGACCGUGCUUCGCAAAAAAGUAGAUGAAGAAUUAGCUGAUACGAUGCUCUUGUUAAAGUUGCGUUCAAGAUUUGAAGAAAAGUUUAGAUAUGAUGACCAUGGUCUUCCCCGUGUAUGGAAGCCUGAAGAUGAUAUUGAUGCUUACUUUAGACGUGCUAAAGAAGAUACCUUGACCCUCAUUUCUUUGUUUGCUAAAAUCAACUUGAAAGAAGACCCCGAUUUCAAGCUUGAAUCAACAGAAGAUUUCGAUUUUGACCAAUCACUCAUUGUCCUUGGUGAAGCCAAACAGAUAGAUAUCUCAAACCGUUUCAAGCGUGAAUCAGAUGCUUUUUACUUGGAAGCCAAACGCUCGGUUGUCUCCACAACCGCUAAAAUACCCACAUGGGCCAUUGCUGCCAUGGUCUUCCUUGGUUGGAAUGAAUUCAUGACCAUCAUUCGUAACCCCCUCUAUAUGGUCUUGUUUGUCUUGUUGAUCACGUUUGGCUAUGUCAUUUUUGCUCUGAAUCUCUGGGGACCUCUUGAACGCAUCAUCACCGCUGUUGUAGGUGAAGCUACUCGAAUGGCAAAAGAACGUAUUGCCGAUGGUGUAGAAAUGGCUAGAGAUCAAAAAGAAAAGAGGCAUCAAGAGAAAGAAAAGAAAGAUCAAUAAAUUGUGUA